GCAUGUGUGGUCACUCAGCUAUCACAACAUAAUGUAAAAAUGCCAUUGUGUUUACUAAAAGAAUUUCGAUUUUCUUUGAUUCUGGCACACAUUUUAAUCUAAAUCCGAUAAUUACAAGAGCUUAAUUAAUUAUGGAUCCACAAAUUCAACAGAAGAUCUUACAAUUUGAGACCUUCAUAAACGACGUGCUGAAAGCUGAUCUUGCAAAACUGGCCGAAAAGCUUGACACUAAAAAUGCUGACGUCACCGAAUUUUUACAAUUGAAAUCGGUGAUAACGACGUUUCAAAAUACAAACGCUGAAAAAAUCGGUUUCAAAACUAAAGUCGAUAUUGGAAAUAAUUUCUUUAUUCAAGCACAUGUUCCAGAUGCUUCCAAGAUCAUAUUGGAUGUUGGUUUAGGACAUUAUAUUGAAUUCACUUUAGACGAAGCUUUAAUCGUUAUAAAUAUACGGAUCAAGUUACUUGAGCAACAAAUAGCGAAUUUACGGAAAGCAGUUGCAAGAACCAACGCCCAUAUUAAGUUAAUUCUUAUUGCUAUUAGAGAUUUGCAAGGAAUGAGAGACAUUUGAAAUAUUGCUGUAACAAA